AUGUUGAAGAUCUGGUCUAUGAAGCAGCAGCAGCAACAGGCUGAGAAUGCUGAAGGCGCUGCUGGGAAGAAAAAGAAGAAGGUUACCGCCGCACAGCUCCGGGUGCAACGAGACCUCCAAGAACUCACCCUCGGCGAAACAAUGAAAAUGUCCUUCCCAAAUCCAGACGAUAUACUCAACUUCACCCUCACCAUCGAACCAGAUGAAGGAAUGUAUAAAGGCGGCGUCUUCAACUUCUCUUUCACCAUUAAUCAAAACUUCCCUCACGAUCCUCCGAAAGUCAAGUGUACGCAGAAGAUAUAUCAUCCCAAUAUCGAUCUGGAGGGGAAUGUUUGUCUUAAUAUUUUGAGGGAGGAUUGGAAGCCUGUGCUUAAUUUGAAUGCUGUUAUUGUGGGGAUGCAGUUCCUUUUCCUUGAACCGAAUGCUUCUGAUCCCCUUAACAAAGAGGCGGCUGAUGAUUUGCGUCUUAAUCGCGAUGCUUUUAAGCGCAAUGUGCGCACUUCCAUGGCUGGUGGUGCAGUGCGGAGUGUUUCUUUUGAACGUGUGCUUCGAUAA